AUGCAGCUCUGGACAGAGCUGCUUCGGCCGGGGUCACCGUACGCAACCCGUGACGUCAGCAGCGACGAGACCAAUACCAGCUCUGAAUCAAUCUCCAGCAUUGCUGCCGCGAGUGAUGCUGAAACCGACGGAUCGGAGAGCAGCUACACUAGCAGCAGCGAGAAGGCGCAGAAGGAGAGUCCUGACAUGGUACCAAUGAAUGCAACAGCAGCACUGGCUCCUUCUGAGGGCUCGGCAGACCCGUCUAAGGAAGCACCACCGCUGCAGCAGCAGACUCAACAGACUCAACAGAGUCAGCAGCAGCAGCAGCAGCAGCAGCAGCAGCAGCAGCAGGAGGAGGAGGAGGAAGCUGCAGGCUCUGUCCCUCCGUCUGUCCCUCCGCGUGUCCCUCCGCGUGUCCCUCCGCCGGUCCCCCCACACCUGGUGAACUGCAAGGCAAUGAUUAAGGCGGUGACACAGUAUGAGAGGCUCGCCCGUGGACGCCACAGGGUGAAGGAGGUCCCGUGGGCCCUCGUUCGCCAGGCACACGGCGAACGAGGAGAAGGAACGGAGAGGCGAUUGGGGAUAGACGCGAGGGGGGGGAUGGGCGAGGAGAAGGAGAGGAGGACUGGGGGCCAUGGUGCGGAGAUAGAGGGGGAGGGGGAAGAGGAGGAGGGGGGGGGGGAGGAGGAGAGGGGUGAGGAGGGGAGGGAAGGGUUGGUGGAGGGACCAUAUCCCCCGUGGGUGGUGGGGGCGGACGAGGAGAAUUACCCGUUGACUCGGCGCGUGCAGAGAGACAUAUGGCUGCAUCAGCACCCUGCCGACUGCUACCACCCCUCAGUCAAUGCUGGCUACGGGGGUGCUUGUAGUGCUGCAGCCUAUGGGGAUGCUUGUAUUGCUAUCUAUGGGGGUGCUUGUAUUGCUACCUAUGGGGGUGCUUGUAUUGCUAUCUAUGGGGGUGCUUGUAUUGCUAUCUAUGGGGGUGCUUGUAAGGGUGCAUGCAGAGAGACAUAUGGCUGCACCAGCACCCCGUUGACUGCUACCACCCUUCAGUUCCUCUACGCCACGCUCGUCCCACAGGCCACGACUGCCAUUGCCGCGCAGCUCACCAUGCAUACGUUCCUCCACGCUACAUUCGUCCCGCAGGCCAAGUAUGGCAGGGGCGCGCAGCUCUCCAACGUGGCAGCGGCGUGCAGCUCUCCAACGUGGCAGGGGCGCCUCACAAAUAGCAACCUCCCUGUCAACCCCUGGUUCCUUCCGCACCUCACCAACGUCACAAUCAAUCACUCCUUUCCCCGCAGGUUCCUCUACGCUACAUUCGUCCCACAGUCCAAGUACGGCGUUGGCGCGCAGCUCACCAACGUGGCAGGGGCGCCUCAGAAACAGCAACCUGACUCUCAACCCUCUCCUGUUCCAUUCUCUCCCCUGUUCCCAUGUAGGUUCCUCUACGCUACGUUCGUCCCGCAGGCCAAGUACGGCGUUGGCGCGCAGCUCACCAACGUGGCAGGGGCGCUGGCGCUGGCGGUGGCGUCAGGGCGGGUGCUGGUGUUGGGAAAGUUCCCGAGGGCAAUGCACGGUGGGUGUGAGGGGCGCAGGCAGGGCCGCUGGCACUGCUUCUUUGCACCGGAAACGAGCGAUGCAUGCCGAAGACGUGCUCAUGACCUGAUGGCCAAGCAGCAAGCGCAUCAUCCGGCCACAGCAGAACCAGGAUCAAAUCUUCAGGCGGAAUCCAAUCUCCCAGCGGAAUCAGACGUGCACUCGAGCCUGGCUGUGGUGCGGCGGCAGGAUAUUCCCGAGGAGCUUGUGUGGUUUCCCCCCGUACCCUCCUUGUGGGGGGAGCCGUGGCUGCGCAUCCCUGCUGUGAUUGAAAUCAACGGGCACAUGCGACAAACCACCAAGACUGGCAACAAGGACCGCUGGUGGAGGGCGCAGGCGUGGCGCUUCCUCAUGCGCUCGCCCUCGCGCUACCUCUGUGCCGUCAUCAACCGGGCCAGGCACGCAGCCUUCGGGCCAAUGGCAGCUCGCCACGUGGCGCGCGCAGAAGCCGCGAUUCUUCAAGCUGAGAAGCUGAUCUUUGCUGCGAGUACUCCCCGUGUUAACCUUUCUGAGACUGAGGUCCAACAGUCCAUCUCUGCCAAUGCGGGUAUUUUCCAGCGUAAUCGUUCGCAGAGUGGCGGUUUUAACGGCGUUCUCGUAGGCGCCAGGUCAGCGCCGUGGGUGCCGCGGCCUUUGGUGAGCAUGCACGUGCGCAUGGGGGACAAGGCAAGGGAGAUGCGGGUGGCGGGCUUCGGCACGUACCUGCACCUGCUGUCAAGAGUGCGAAAGUUCGACCCUUCCGCUACAACCGUCUGGCUGAGCACAGAAAUGCAGCCGGUUGUAGAGAGGGCCAUUCGUACUCCUGGGUGGGACUGGAAGGUCACCAACGUACCUCGGAUGCAAGGAAAUGAGAGCAUGCCAGCCUUUGAGGCUCGGAUCGGGCCCCAGCGCAGCGUUGAGAAUGCUUGGGUAAAUUUGCUUAUGGCAGCAGAGGCUGAUUAUUUCAUAGGUGCUCUUGGUUCGACGUGGUCCAUGCUAAUUGAUGGCUUGCGGUGUACAGGAGGAAAGAUGCUCGCUGGUUUUCUAAGCACAUCAAGGGACAGGCAUUGGUAA